AUGGCCACUAUCACAAAGUUAUUUUCCUUUGUCUUUCUGGUUGUCUUGCUUUGCAAUUCACAUGUUCUGAUGAGUUCAACAACUGAGCCAACAAUUUCAGCUUCCCCAGGUUUAUUACCUUAUGUGAAUGCACCAGAUAUUUCAUCAUUCUUCCCCACUCCAAGUGACAACCGACCAAUGAAUUCUGCAGCUCCUUCUGAGGCAGAAGCAUCUGCACCUGCACCAAGUUCAGGUGAAUUUGAUGGGAAGAAGUCUUCUAGUUCAGUUAGGUUGGAUUUUACAGCUGCCAUAUUUGUUGGUAUCCUGCUCUCUAGUUUCUUGAUAAGUAGCAUAGUUAUUGUUUGA